GCACAAGUUCGAAAUGUCCCUCGGGAGAUUAUGUAGGUUUUCAGUCGUCAAGCUCUUCCUGAGAGUUAAUAGUCCGACAGACUUAAUCCUAAGGCCGUUAGGAACAAAUGCUUCAACGGAACAAGCCAUAUAUCAAUCACAAGUGCGAUCAGUUCCAAAUACAAAAAGUACGUAAUAAAUAGCUAUGAAAAUGAUCUGAUUUUUCUGUAUCUGUGAAUUAAAGAUAACUGUGCAAAAGUUUAUUUUUAGCAAAAGCUCUUAUAUCCUUCUAUAAUCUUCUAAUUCCUAGUGUGUUAUCUUCAGUCUUCAGUAAUGAGGAUUGUAGGAGAAUAUCUAGAAAACUUGUUACUUCAGCAACCACUUUCUUCUCCUGAUGCUCGCGUUCUAAAGGUUGCCGUGAUAGGCUGUCCAAAUAGUGGAAAGUCAAGUUUGGUAAAUAUGCUUACCAAGUGGAAAGUUUGCGCGGUGUCUGGAAAAGCCCACACAACUCGGUCGAAACAGACAGCUACGUAUUUUCAAGAUAAUGUCCAAUUGGCUUUUGUCGACUUACCCGGACUUGUUAGCAGAUCAAAAGCCUCCAGGUAAGGUAUACUUUUGAUGAGGCUUAAUUCAAUUGGGGCUUUCAGAUUUAAACUUGAGAAAACGUUCAUUCGGGAUCCACAUUCUGCUAUUUUUGAUUCUGAUUUAAUUCUUGUGGUUAUUGAUGUCAGUCAUAAGGAGUCACGCGAAGUACUUCAUGAAGAAAUCGUAAAAGCACUACAUUUUUUUAACGAUAAAGAAUCAGUAUUAGUACUAAACAAGAUUGAUAGAUUGUCUAAAAAUCCAACUAGACUAUUGGACGUAACUCGGAAACUUACUGGUGGCAUCGUACGUGGUCGACGUUCACAUAUUGAUAGAUAUGCAUAUCGGUUUAAACGUCAAGCAAAGUUAGCUGACACAGCUCAUCAUCUCAUUCCUCCAAAUGAAUUGAUUGCAGAUAGAUUACCUGCUGUAUGCCACCAAACAACGAAUAAAUUUCUUGUGUAUAUGAAUAAUCUUCUGGCUGAAAUUGAAUCGACACAGGUUGACGUGGAUAUAACAGAUUCUAAGUUGCUACCAGAUAAUAUGGAAGAGAAAAAAUCACUAUCUGAUACCUUCCUAGAAGAUCGUUUUUUAACUGAAAUGGAAAAAAAACACAGGGAUACAUUUUUUGAUUGCCAUAACAUACCGGGAAAUGAUAAAUUAAUGCCUUCAGAUAGUCAAGGCCUUGAUAAAUCAAAGACUGAAAUCAACCAACAUCUUUUGAACGCAUGUGGUGAAUCGAAUCGAAUUCUGAAUGCAAACAGUGAUUCAGAACAUAUAGAUUCUAUGUUGGAGACGUUAAAACAACAAUUAUUACUUCAAACAGCAUCACCUGAGGAAGUUUGCAAUCGUCGAAGUCGUUGGUUAGAAAUAACAAAAUCAACUAAAGGGGUUACAAAGUGGUUAGGUUUCAGCGAGGUUUUCAUGGUCUCUUCGUUUAUAGGCGAUGGGAUAGACAAAUUGAGGGACUUCCUUGUAUCCAAAGCUUUACCGACUCGCUCUUGGAUCCUACCUCCAACAAUUAUAACUGAUCAAGAACCAAGUGAACUCAUACGAAUGUGUGUAUGGUCACACUGUCUCAACAAAUUACAGCAAGAAAUUCCAUACUCGUUGCAUAUUAUUAUAGAUGAUUGUGACAAAAUUAAACUGGACAGUGGUGAUGAUCGAGUAUACGUUCACGUCCGCAUACAAUGUAAAAAUGAACGUCAGUUAUUAAGUGUUUUAGGUAUGAAAGGAAAUACGAUAAAAGAGAUUUCAAGCGCUGUUAAACUGGAGCUCAUGACAAUGUUUAGAUGUAAUACGGUUGUAAAAAUAACUGCCGAGUUAUCCAAAAUCGACUCGAACAUAAAAAAGAAGCUUUGUCGCGCCCAAGAUUUUUCCGAGGUUUUUCCAGUAAAUGACAGACCGGGGUAGUUUAUUUUGGAGUUUCAUUUGUAAAUACUUUGUUUUCCUUAUUCUUUUUAACUACGUACAACAGUAAAAAUCAAUGAAUUUGAUGAGAU